UGACUGGGACGGUGCUCCUGUUCUUUCAGAUGAUAUUUGUUGCAGUUCUCGUCGGUUUCGAUCGCGUUUUUUACGAAUUACUGAUGGUUCUGAGACGUUCUUCCCAGGUCCAAUAUAGACAAAAAGGUAUUCAUCAUAUUCAGUUGGACAUUGAGGGAGAAGGAUUUGUGGCCAAAAUUGUUCGUUCCAUAGUGAAUAGCUUUAAAGUGAAACAUAGUCUAGAUAAGAUUACCACAACUAUGGAUUGCCUCCCCUAUCCUCGGGCUGUAAAUUCCCAACGUAUCACCACAAUAUGGAUUAUUUACGGCAUUGUUUGGAUCCUGAUCUGCACUCAAGCUUACGGAUUGAGACUUAGAAGUUACGUCUGCAGCAUUUUUUAUCCAAAGCGACAGAAAAAAAGGAUCAUCUAUGUGUAUAAUGAACAGUUGAAAAAAAGGAAAAACUAUCUUCGUUGGAUGCGACAUAGACUAAGAAAGAUGAUCAGAGACGAAGGAUUUAUGUUGGACAGAAGCGUUACACAGAUCUUAGUUCAAGACUAUCCAAAAACGUUCGGUUGGCUGAAAUAUCUGAAAAUUGGAUUGAUGAGCUGUAUUAUCUGCCAGGAACGGGAGACUCCCCAACAUUACAUCUGUCCCGACCCGUGUGGAUUGUGCUACUGCAACAAUUGCUGGAAAGACUUUGGAGAGCGUUGCUACAGUUGUAAUCCGACUGACGAUUCACUUUCCGAAUUGAGUUCCGAUGAGGCACAAGCAGAUGAUUAAGAAAUAAAAUUUUCCCAAUUUUAUAUACAGUAUUUGUUUUCUUACUAAAAAGCGUAAUUCGGAUAAAGCGAAAAUUGUUCGUCUUUUUCCGAAUAAAGAAUGAUCGAUGCCACUUUCUCUCGCACGAAAAUUUCCCUUCCCGGAAAGUCGACGUCAUUUUGGAAGACGAUCGUUCGUUGACAUCUGUCGGAUCGAAAUCACUUCGUUCUCGUCCGAAUGCGUGAAUCGCACAAACAUUAACGCAUCGUCGCCCGAUUUAAUGGCAGACACAUUAACCAAACACAUUACAAGAAAUUAACCAAAAAUGUUCCGACAUAAAUCUUAUUUCAAAAAUUCGAAAUUACGAUUAUAAUCUUCGUAUUUCGUUUUUCUUCCGUCGGGAUUUGGAAACGGCCAUCCGGCCAAGGGAGGGAUUUUCCCUACCGGAGGGGAAAUUUCCUUGGAGGACCGAAGACGGAGCGCCGUAGAGGCUGCGGCGGGAGAAAGGGGGAGGUGUUUAGUCCCAGGCCCAGGGAUAAUGGAUCUUCUGUGAGAAGCGAGAAAAUCGAAUCCGAGAGGGGAAUUUCCCGGGCCGGGGUCGAGAGUAGGGCGAAUGCCAGACCGAGGCAGAUCCAGAUCGGGCCGCGAGAUGAAGAGCUGCGUUUUGGUCUGCGUCUUCCUGCUUAUUGGCUUGGUCGCCUGUCGCCAGACUGAAGAAGAACACCGGGACAUCAUCUACCGAACCGUCCGAGGCAUCAAAAACUCGCGGAUCAAAGGUA